CCGAGAGAAUCGGAUAUGAGGCAUUUCACUUGAUUAUGGAAUCUUCAAGCUCUUCAAUUUGAUCAUCCAAACAUCGUAUUUAUUUCCAAAUCAGAAUCUGUAACCCGACAAGGGGGAACGGAAAAUGUCGGCAUACGAGAAUGUCGUAGGUGGAAAGCUGAAGCUGAAGGGAAAAGCCUUAGAUGUUAAGGCUGGUGGGAUUAGGAAGAAAAAGAAACAUAAGAAACAGAUUCAACAUCACGACGAAGUUACCCAAAACGAUCUCUCUGAUGCUGCUUCUGGUGGAACCACAGAAGUUUCUGUUGACCUGAAUGAAGAAGUUAACAAUGAUGCUGAGAAAUCAAGUGGGGAGAGGAAGGCUCCUCAUUAUGAUGAUCAUCUUACCCCUGCAGAGAGACGAUACAUUGAGCAGAGGGAGCAACUCGAUGUUCAUAGGUUGGCUAAGCAAGCUAAUAAAUCUCACCGUGAUAGAAUCCAGGAUUUCAACCAGUAUCUGGCAAACAUGAGUGAGCAUUAUGACAUUCCAAAAGUUGGACCUGGUUAAUUCGUGUGUAAUCAUCUCAGUGUUUUCGGAUAGAAGUUGUUUGUGUUAUGUACCAAAAGUCAAUGACAGUGGACUGCUUUGCUUUAUGAUGUUGUUUGAUGAUAUAUCACAGAUUAUGCAUAUAAUUUGUA